AUGGGCGUUCUGGGGCGCCGGCAGCGCGCAGACUCGCAAGCCUCCCACCCUCCACCAAUAUCAAAUGACAAUGUUGCUCCCGACACAAUCGAUACCCUCACUGGGCCUAGUUGCUUUACUCGCGUUCCGGAGCCGGAACCCCAAGUACCUGGAGGGACAGGGACGAGUUACAGGACACCGAGCCGGUCAUUUUAUCACCGCUCUUUUCAUAAUGCUUCCGACCCGGCUCACUACUCCUCUCACGGGCUUCGAGAACAGACUGCGGAGCUGGCUUCCCUUGCUUUGACCCGGGAACCGAGGGCUCUACCACAAGCUAUGGAGAUAUUUCGACCUGUGGAUGGAUCCGCCGAGUCGGUUGCGCCGUUGUCGCUGUCAGGGCCAGAUAGGACGCAGGAGAUGGGACAUACGCCGACGGUCCAUUCUGGGGGCUCGUCGGUUUUGACGGCUCUGAUCCGUGAUCCGUCCUCGAGUGUCAGCAGAGAAGGCCAAGAGAGAACCGGGGACCGAAACGAGGAGGGUGAGCGUGCCCAUGCAGUUGGGCCGUCUGCUCCGGGCAAUGCCGAUGAAGAAGAGGACACGAGCACGGAGUGGACAUCUUUGCUGGCCAAGACGCCUUCGAGACCAUCUAGGAACUACGGGGGAGCGGGUGACGUUGAGAGUCAAGUGUAUGCUCCAAAGGAGACUCAAAGGACUCUUCCGAGUGCUCUUACGACAGUAUCGACGUGCUUCCAGGUACUUGCUCAUCCGAAAUCGUGGGAUCGCCGAACGGUAUGGAGGCAAGGCGUUGUCCGUCCGUUCAGUCUGCUGCCCUCGGUAUUUCUUGGUCUACUCCUUAACAUCCUGGAUGCUCUCUCAUACGGGAUGAUCCUCUUUCCGUUGGGCGAGCCGAUCUUCUCUCAUCUAGGAUCAGAUGGUAUAUCGAUGUUCUACGUGAGUACGAUCAUUGCUCAGCUUGUCUUCUCCUGCGGGGGCUCGAUAUUUCGCGGGGGAAUAGGAAGCGAGAUGAUUGAGGUCGUCCCAUUCUUCCACCAGAUGGCGUUUACAAUACUAAACCGCGUUGGGCAAGAUAAUCCGAAAUCGGUGAUAGCCACCACGAUCCUAGCAUUCUCGGUCAGCUCCGUCCUUACAGGCCUGGUAUUUUUCCUCAUGGGGACGUGCAAGAUAGGCUCGCUUAUUGGGUUCUUCCCCCGGCAUAUCCUUAUCGGAUGCAUUGGGGGUGUAGGCUUCUUCCUUAUUCUGACUGGUCUCGAAGUCUCAGCUCGAUUGCCUGGGUCUUUUGAGUUUGAUAUACCUACCAUGCAGAAGCUUUUUAACCUGGCUGCACUGGCCCUCUGGGUAACGCCGCUGUUGCUCGCGAUUGGUCUUCUUGUCCUCAAGCGUUUCGUCAGAUCUAACUAUCUAGUUGGUGCUUAUUUCAUUGUCGUCGCCUUAUGUUUCUAUAUCGUCAAGUUCAUUGCGCAUAUUCCCAUGGAUUCUUUGCGAAACAGCGGCUGGGUGUUUGAUGCCCCCUCAUCAUCAAAUCCCUGGUACCACUUUUAUACCCUCUAUGACUUCUCAGCUGUCCACUGGCCCGCGUUUGUCGACACCAUCCCAGCAAUGUUUGCGCUCACAUUUUUCGGAAUUCUGCAUGUUCCAAUCAACGUGCCGGCGCUGGGGAUCUCCACCGGCGAAGAUAACCUGAAUGUCGAUAGGGAGUUGAUAGCUCACGGUGUGACAAAUGCUCUUUCAGGGUUUGCCGGUAGUAUCCAGAAUUACCUCGUAUAUACCAACAGCUUGCUUUUCAUCGACAGUGGUGGAAACUCCCGCUUAGCUGGCGUUAUGCUUGCAGGAGCUACUGCGGGAAUUAUGCUGGUUGGACCUGUGAUAGUGGGGUUCAUCCCUGUAAUGGUCGUAGGGGCUUUGAUUUUCCUACUGGGGAUUGAAUUGAUGGAAGAGGCGCUGGUCGAUACAUGGGGGAAGUUACAUCGACACGAGUAUUUGACGGUUGUCAUUAUUGUUGCGACUAUGGGCGUUUGGGAUUUCGUUGCGGGUAUUUUGGUAGGCAUUAUUCUGGCGUGUUUGAGCUUCGUUGUUCAAACAUCGCGCAAAUCUGCCAUUCGUGCCACGUACUCGGGCAAAGUUGCUGGGUCCACAGUUCGUCGGCCCCCGAUCCAACAGCGAUAUCUGAAAGAGGCUGGGCAGCAGACCUUGAUCCUCAAGCUCGGUGGUUAUCUCUUUUUCGGAACGAUUGUGGAUGUGGAGAACACGAUGCGAGGACUGAUUGAAGAUGAAGCAUUCAGUAGACUUCCAAUCAGGUUCAUCAUAUUGGACCUUUGUCGGGUAUAUGGCGUUGACUUCUCAGCGGCGGAGGCGUUUACGCGUAUCAAUCGAAUCCUGAAGAAGAGGAACGUGCGGAUGAUGAUCUCCGGGCUCGAUGUGGGGGGCGAUGUCGGAAAGAGCCUCCAGAAUGUGGGACUGUUCGAGCCAGAGCUCACUGUGCGGAUAUUCGAGGACUUGAAUUCGGCCCUGGAGUACUGCGAGAAUGAGUACCUCAAUGUCUUUUACAGCCAUCGAGAAGCAUUGCUGAGGAGGAAGGCCGCUCCUCAGAACCUCGAGGUUCCAGCAAUCCAGCACCGUUCUCAGUCAGCCGAGGGCUUUGUAGGCUCCCCACGCCAUCAAUAUCUCCAGCGCGCAGCCACAACGACACUCAGCGAAGACGAAAGCGCGAUCCUGCCCCCAGCAGCAUGGUCGGCGAUGCGCCAACCCCUCCCUCUCCUCCUUCAGACCUUCCAAGGCCUAACCUCGCGCAACGAAGAUUUCUGGUUCGCUGCGUGCCCAUACUUCGUCCGCACGACCUACGCAAUGGGUACAACCCUAUUUCGAGAAGGCGACGUCCCCAACGCAUUCUAUCUUCUCGAGUCUGGAAUGCUGCGCGCAGAGUACGAUCUCCCGCAGGGCCGAUACUUUGAGCUCAUUGUCGCCGGACGGCCGUGCGGCGAGCUGCCAUUCUUCAGCGAGACGCGGCGGACGGCGACGGUGAAGGCAGAGCAGGAUUGCGUGACGUGGAGCCUUGAUGCAGAGAAUUGGAAGGCCCUGAAAGAGGAGGAGCCGGAUAUCGCGCGCGAGUUGCUGACGGUCAGUCUAAAGCUGACGACGGAGCGGAUGGAUAGUAUUACUUCGUGA